AUGCCUUCUCUGACAGACACAACAUCGUCAACAGAAAAGCUUAUAUCAGCUUGUGGUGGGGCUCUGUUGACUUCAUUAGUAGUAACGCCCAUGGAUGUUGUCAAAAUGAGAUUGCAAACACAGCAUGUAUAUACCCCGUCUUCUCCAGCUUCAACAUGCUGCAAUACUUUUAAAAGUUGUUCACAGGCGAUCAAACACGAUUUACAACUUAAUCGAUUGAUAAGAGGAGGCCAGUUUGCAAAUAGUAUUUUUUGCCCCAUUUAUGUUGAUAACAUAGCUACCGCAGCUUCACGCUCUGUCAUCCUUAAAGGAACUUUCGAUGGGAUCUAUAAAAUCUUGAAAUACGAAGGGGUUUCAGCACUAUGGAAAGGAUUAUCUCCUGCCAUUGUCAUGUCUGUUCCAGCCAACGUUGUCUAUUUUGUCGGCUACGAAUAUUUGAAAGAUUUCAUUCAGCCUAUUACUAAUCUAGCCAAUACAAAGAUGGAUUAUUCACCAAUAUUUUCAGGCGCAAUUGCACGCACAGUAGCAGUUACCAUUAUUUCUCCUAUUGAAUUGUUCCGUACACGUUUGCAAGCUGCAGGGAAAGGACAUGAUUUCAAUUGUGUAUUGAGGGGCGUCAAAAAUAUGGUUGUGCAGGACGGAUUGACCGCUCUAUGGAGGGGUUUACCACCGACACUAUGGAGGGAUGUGCCUUUCUCAGCUAUUUACUGGAUGGGAUAUGAAGAAAUAAAGAAAAUUAUUGGGAAUAAGUAUCCUAAGCAUGAACUGCAAACAUCAUUUUUCGCAGGCGCUUUGUCUGGAAUGUUUGCUGCUACUUUGACUACACCAUUUGAUGUUGCAAAAACGAGACGACAAGUAGAUGCUGGCAGAGAUGUUCCAUUGCUGAAAGAUAAUCGAGUGCCGGCUAUACUUAAACAAAUAUAUAAGCAGGAUGGUUUUUCCGGAUUAUUUAGAGGUCUUACACCCAGGAUCGCAAAGAUUGCGCCGUCCUGCGCUAUCAUGAUAAGCAGUUACGAGAUGGGCAAAAUAUUCUUUGCUAAACAACAUCAAGAAUAA